AGAAAGAGAAAAGGAAAGGAAAAAAAAAAAAAAAGCCACACGGCGUACCAUUUGAGCGGAGGAGGGUGGAAAACGAAUAGCAGCAGCAUAUUAUGGAUAUCCAUUGUUGCAGAGCGACACUGAGACAGACCUGCCUUUUCAACACCAAUAUCCUCUUCUCCAAAAUCCUAAUCAUAAAACCCAAAACCCUCUUCACUCCUUCCUCUCUCUCCUCACAUUCCCACUCUCACUUGCAGACUCACCAUCUCCAAUUAUCCCACAACAACAAUCCCACAAAACAUACCACCCUCCUUGUUGAAACCCUCCAUGAGAACGAGAGGCUCGGAGUCUUGAUUCAAAAGCUCAGCAACAAAGCUUCAAGCCCUCUGCAACUACUCAGAGAUGAUGGGGAUUGGAACAAACAACACUUCUGGGCUGUCAUCCGAUUCCUCAAAGAUGCCUCCAGGUCCAGCGAGAUUCUUCCGGAAAUGUGAACAGGUGUUUCAUCUGUGGAAGGACAUGGACAAAUCAAGAAUUAAUGAAUUCAACUAUGCAAAGAUUAUAGGAUUGCUAAGUCAAGAGGAUCUUGCAGAAGAAUCAGUGUUGGCACUUGAAGGGAUGAAAACUCAUGGUCUUAAACCUUCCUUGGAGAUCUACAAUUUAGUUAUUCAUUGUUUUGCUAGAAAGGGGGAGUUCGAUAGAGCUUUGUAUUUUCUCAACGAAUUAAAGGCGAAUAAUUUGAUUGCAGAUACUGAAACCUAUGAUGGGCUUAUCCAAUCCUAUGGAAAAUACAAAAUGUAUGAUGAGCUUGAUGAGUGUGUGAAGAAAAUGGAGUCAGAUGGGUGUUUACCUGAUCACAUUACUUACAAUUUGCUGAUUCAAGAAUUUUCCCGUGGUGGGUUGCUCAAAAGAAUGGAACGGGUUUUUCAGACUGUGCUUUCAAAGAAGAUGGGUUUGCAAUCUUCUACUUUGGUUGUGAUGCUUGAGGCUUAUGCCAACUUUGGGAUCAUAGAGAAAAUGGAAAAUGCUUAUAGAAGGGUUUUGAACUCAAAAACCUCUUUAAAGGAUGAUUUGAUUAGGAAAUUGGCUGAAGUUUACAUUGAAAACUACAAGUUUUCGAGAUUGGCUGACAUGGGACUCAAUCUUGCUUCUGUAACCAGUAGAACUGAUCUUGUUUGGUGUUUGCGUCUCCUUUCUCAUGCUUGUCUAUUGAGUCGAAAAGGCUUGGACUCCAUUGUUAAGGAAAUGGAAGCAAAAAAUGUUCCAUGGAAUGCAACAGUGGCAAAUACUAUCUUGCUAGCUUACUUGAAGAUGAAAGAUUUUACGCGCUUGAGAAUCUUGCUGUUGGAACUAUCAACCCGUCAUGUGAAACCAGAUAUAGUCACUGUUGGGAUUCUAUUUGAUGCUAAUAGGAUUGGUUUUAAUGGAACUAUGGCUUUAAAUACAUGGAGAAGGACAGGAUUUCUUGAUGAAGCUGUUGAAAUGAACACUGAUCCUCUGGUUCUCUCUGCAUUUGGCAAAGGGAAUUUCCUUCAAAGUUGUGAAGAGAUGUACUCUUCCCUUGAACCUGAAGCCAGAAAAAAGAAAAUAUGGACUUAUCAGAAUCUCAUUGAUUUGGUAUUUAACAACAGAGGAGGGCCAAAUUGAGUUCAUUGGAGUUGAAUGCAGUCACUAAGUUUGGAAGCCUACUGGAAAUAAAGAAAAUAUACUGAUUACAGUUGAUGGUCAGUCCCAAAAAAUGGCAUAGGUUUUUUCUAUAAACAUCUUGAGUGAUUCUCUCAUGAUGGACCAGGAUGGUUUAUUGGGGUUGUUAUUUGGGAAAAAAGGUAACAAGGAAAACCCGACUGGUUGCAAGAUAUCUAUGCUCUUGAGUUUGUUUUUGCGAAACUAUUUUUUUCAACUAUCGAUAUUAAUUGUGCAAGGAAAGCUUUUGUACACGUUAGUAACAUCAGAAACCAGCUUUUUAAGUCAAACAGCACUAGAAGAACAAGGAAAGAUUGAUGUUUCAGGGAAAAUAUUAAUGGGAAGAGUGGAACAAGAAAAAGGGAACUUUGAUGGGAAGUUGUCAUGCAGGAAAUACUAUGGGAAAUCCAUUUAUCAAGAUCACAGGAUUUUGUGGCACCUCUAUAUGAAAUCUUUGAAGAAGCUCUUACAUAUGUAAGCGAUGAGCGGUGGUUCUUGGACAUUGGUUUGGCACUUGACAACACCAUGGUUAGAUGAAGAGGCAAGGGGCUCGUGUUUAUGUAAGCACAUAAUCAUAAACCUUCUGAAUGUUCAUCAUUUCUACCUUCAGCCUUUUGUCCAUUUGCUAAGUAACAACUUUCCUAUUUCCUUUACUGUGUAAAGUUAUUAGGAGUCAUUUUCAGUUGUAUAACUUGUAAAUUCUCCUCCUGUAACUGUCACUGAAGCUACAGUCUCAGGGUACCAUUGGAUCAUGACAUAGUUGUCAUUAUGUUUUGAGUAAUGGGAUGCUAUUAAAAGGAG